AUGACAAAAAAAUAUUUGAACUUCACUUUUGAAGAGAUGAUGGAAGCUGGGGUUCAUUUUGGCCACGAUACUAGGAAAUGGAAACUUAGAAUGACACCUUUUAUAUCGGGAAAACAUAAAGCAAGCAAAGGAAAACAUGUUGGUACCAAAAAAGCAGCUAAUUCAGUAACACGGGCUGCAAUAAGAGCUCGAUGUCAUUAUGUUAUAAAAAAUGGCUCAGAGCUAUGGUUGAAUGCCACUUUCUAUGAGGAGAUUAAGCCCUUUAGAAAUAGAAAGGUAGCAUGCCCUCCAUCUCAAAGCCAUAUCCUUUGGCAACACCUUCUCACUCUGACUCCUAUCAACAAGGGCUCCCCAAAUCCUGAAGUCUUCAGACUGUUGUUUACCAUUAUGUUGACAAGAGUCGAUUUCACACCCUUGAUGGCCCUAUUUCAUGAUAGACAAGAUGGACCAGAGUGGUUUAUUAGGGCUUUUCCACCUGCAAGAGAAGAUUACAAGAAAAAUUCCUUAAUCCUCUAG